GCCGUCAAGGUGAAGAAUAGAGUAUUGGAUUUCUCCUAAAAGCCAUGAAAAAAGAUCCAAUUUCCGCUACAAGGGUUAGACAUAAUGAAGCAAAACAGAAAGAUGAAAAGACACACAAUCAUGAACUUUGCUCUUCUUUUGUGAAUCUUCCACUCCAUCUCACUACUCACAUUUUCCUUCAACUUCCAAUUAAGUCUCUUCUCAGUUGUAAAUGUGUCUGCAAAGAUUGGAAAACUAUGAUUUCAGAACCACAUUUUACUAAACUGCAUUUUGAACAAUCACGGAAUACUCUUAUGAUCCGAACCAACGACUAUGAUCGAGUAUCAAGAACCUUAUAUCUCCUUGAAUGUGAACCGGAAAAGUUUGACAUUGGAAGUGAUAAUCGCGUGAAGCUUGAGCCUAUAUGCACGCUUCCUCUUCGUGAUGACAAGUUAUUUAGAGAGGAGAAAGGAUACUCGAUCAAGAAUAUUUUCAAGUGUGUUAUUAGCGUUGCGAGAUUAUUUUGGGAGAAAAGGGAAACCCUUUAUAGUUCUUGCAACCGUAAACAUGGUAAGUUUGAUAUUGUGAAUUCUUGUAAUGGCUUACUUUGUUUGUGUGAACCAUCUACAGAAAACCCUAUAGUGGUUUGCAAUCCAGUCACUGGGGAGUUUAUAAGACUUCCUGGAGCUAGUAUGAGUCCUUCUAGGUUAAACACAGCACGUGUAAGAGCGCAUGUAUAUGCUAGUCUUGGUUUCCAUCCUAAAGAUAAUGAAUAUAAGGUGAUAAGAAUAUGGACUAAACAUGUCAGACGCGCCAAUUUUUGGGUGUCUGAACGUCUCACGGUUGAUAUACACACACUUGGGACGUCGUUAUGGAGAAACAUUGAAGUGGAUCCUCAAAUUUCUAUUUUGAGACUUAGCGAUCCCACUUAUAUUAAUGGUGUAGUUCAUUGGAUAGAGUUUAAAGGUAUAAUAUUGUGUUUCUGUUUUGAAACUGAGAAGUUGAAGACAUUUCCUUCUCCUCCGGGUAUGGUUAAAAAUCAUGCAAAUGGAAUUUAUAAUUACUUGCGUAGAAUGGGAGAAUUGAAGGGAAUUCUUUACAUUUGUGACUCGACCAAUUUCUCUAAUAUUACAAUGUGGGUUAUGAAUGAAUACGGCAUUGGAGAGUCAUGGAGUAAGGUUUACAACAUUUCUAAUUUGCCUAAUCCGCUUCAAUGGCAUUAUGGAUAUUGUUUCCCAAUAAAACAGUUUGAAGAAAGUGCUGCAUUGUUGUAUAAUUGUUUGGAUUGUUUUUUAUACUAUGAACCUGAGAAAUAUGGAUUCAAAAGAUUUCAAAUUAAUGGGUCUGGUUCACAGUAUUUCGAAAUAAUUCCACAUAUUCCAAGUCUAAUCUCAUUAAAGGAUGCUGUUAAAGGAGACAAUAUUAAGGUGUUGAAUUUCCACUCAACGUGUGCGAAGAUUAAAUUGCAGGAAGAAAAUGAAGUUAUUUUCAUGUCUCAAAAGUUUGUUUAG